AUGCCUGCUUUUUUGUCGGAGCCACCAGAAGAUGCUGCUGAUGAUGAUGCUAUGAGAUUCUACGAGGUUCCGGACAUGGACAUUGAUAAAUAUGAUUGGCUUCUUCUAUAUGCCGAGUUUGCACUUUUCCAUGUUUGCGAAAAGGCUGGAUCUCAUUCUUUCCUGCCAAAGGAGAUUGAGAUGAAGAAGGUACUUGUGGAAACCCUAGAAACUCAUGUCGAGCCGUCUCUGAAGCUCAAGUCUAUGAAUGCUAUCUUCCACAUCAGCUUCAGGACCAACAGUUACGACCCCACUUUUGUAGUAAGGAGAACUACUGAUCGGGUUCCAGGACAUAUGUUCCUCGAAGUCGAUUGCCGCAAAGAAACGGGACGUUGCUUCUCUCGACAAGUUGAGGAUCAAUAG